ACAAUCUACUUCUAUAUAUUAAAAGGGGACUAGGGGCAAAAAGAGCCAGAAAAAUGCUCGUGAAAUUACACAUGUACCCUCAGUUUAUGCAGAAUUUCAAUAUUACCCUCUGCUAUUAUAUCAUGUUAUCAGCCCAGGUCCAGAUAGUAUUCUGAUCUUGCAUCGUGCAGAGCGUUUAGGAUACUGAAGCGAUACCACUAAUCUCGACGAUUAACACAGAAUAAGGUUUGGUUUGCUCUCUUAUUCUCUGUCUUUAUAUGUAUCUAUAUGCCUGUGUUUGUGUCUAUAUAUUGCUGUUUCUGUGGAUUUGUUGCUGAAGUUGAAUGCUUUAAUGUGAAAUAUAGCGAUCCCAGUUGAUAAUAUAUGGUUUAUGUGAUUAAUUGAGAUGAAAUUGAGAACAGAUUGGGGUUGGAAGAGAUUAAGUUCCUUCAUAAACAGAGGGAGAGGGAGUCGGGAUCUCGGCUUUGCUUUCGGGGAAUCAAGGGGCGGGAGCUGUUGGCCCCGUGAUUGCCAAAGGGAGUGAUAAUAAGAAUAGAGUGGAUGGAGAGAAUGACGAGUUGGUUUUGCAGGAUACUUUUGCUCAGGAGACUGCGGUUACGGUUGAAGACCCUAAUAUCUUCAAGAAGAUCUCAGACUCUCAUUCACUUAAAAGACUCUCCAAACUUCAAGCAAAAGAAUACUCGGGCGGUGUUUCCAUUCAAGCCAAUGACAAUUACAUUUGAGAAUGUGCAAUAUUUUGUUGAUACUCCAAAGAAAAUGAGAGAGAAAGGUUAUCAACAAAGGUUCUCAAUUACAGGAUCGUUUCAGCCUGCAGUGCUGACAGCUUUGAUGGGUGUUAUGCAACUACUGUCAGAUCAUAAUUGUCUUAUUCCGGAUGGUGGUCUCCAUUAAGCCUCCAGAUGUUCACAUGUAAGAUGUUCACAUGUAUUUUGUAGUAGCCCAUAAAUCAGACAGCGAGAGUAGAGCCCAUAAACAGUCGAAAUUCCAAAGUAGGGGAAUCGAAGAGCUGAGCCUUCGACGAUUGCAUAGGUGUUUCUGAGGCAGCGACCAACGAGACUGGAGCCCAUAAACAGUAGAAGUUUCUAAGGUAGGGAGGGGAAUCGGAGAGUUGAGCCUUCGAUGACAACGUUAUACUUGCCGUCUCAACCAAGUGUUUCUGCACCUUGUAAGAACCAGUGAUUUGCCAUAGGGUAAGCCGAUUGCCAGGAAGACUAGCUAAAAUUGCUUUCGUUUUUUUUGAAUAUUUGGAUAUCUGUCAAAUGGAUUUCCCUUCUCUCUUUCUCAGUUUGAUGCUGCAUUUAUAAAUAUUUAUAAAUAUUUAACUUUUUUCCGUGACUUAACCUGUUGACAACUUGACAUAAUCCACAUGAGAUACAUGUAAUAUAUAUAUUUAUUUCUCAAAUUGUUGGAAUAUAUGUUCAGGGCUAUUGGCGCACUUUUAUAUUUAUAUGAUAUAUAAUUUGCAUAAUCUUCAUAGGAACAAAACUUAGUGGAGAUUUAGAACUUCUGUUGCGCUAAAGGAGGUCAGUAAUAGAACAGGGGAAUUCGGCUGAUUCACUGAGGAAAUCCUUGAGUCUCCAAGCAUAACCCAGCAUACUUCUGAUAAAACGGCCAUAAUUUUUCCUUCACAAUGGCUAUCAUGUUACAUGUAUAAAAGAAGUGGAAGAGGACGACUAAAGAUGUGGUGGCUGUGUGUUUAGCAUGGGACAGAGGAAGAAGGAUUUGACUGGAAAUAAUAAGUUUUUGUUAGAAAGAAGUGGAAGGGGGCAACUAAAGAUAUGGUAGCGGUGUGUUUUGUGUGGGACAGAGGAAGAAGGAUUUAACCGGAAAAAAAGAUGAUAAGGGUUUUGGAUCUCGAUGUGCAAGACAAGGGUGGCUCCUUCAACUUGCUUGUGUUCGACUCCUAUAUUGAAUGUUUACAUAAUGCGCCAGUCAAAAAAAAUCUCAAAGGGAUGAGUCUAUCUUCUGAUUCUAUAUCUGGAUAACCACAAAAUGAGUGGACUCAUUCAGAAUUAUGUUGUCGUCAUUUUUAUAUCAGAUUCUAAUUUGGAAAAAAUCUAAGAAAGUUUUGUCUAUACAUGAAGAUGUAUUUUGAUGGUUACCAGCAUUUUUUGACAGAGGCAUACCAUAAAAUAUAGACAAGACAUGCUGAAUUUUUUUAA